AAAGUGUAAUUGCCUGUCUAGUGUUGGAAAAUUGAUUGAAACUUUUAAUAUAUAAUAUAAUGAAAGUCUUUAAUGUAAUGUAAAUACGUUUUCCAAAAUGUACAGACUACCAAAGACCGUUUAUGCAAGGAUAAUAAAUAUAUUAAUUGUAAGACUUAUUUCUUACCAAAAAUCUCUGGAGGUAGAUUUAUACAAAUUUUCGAACACUGCAUUUCGGUAGCACUAAGGAAAUCGAAAGCGAAAAUAGUCGAUUAAUGUCUUUACAAUUAGUUUUCCGUGUACCUAUCCCUAAGUAUUUGUUAUUUCUAGUUUAAAAGUUUUGAUGUAUUUUGCCAUUUUUCAAAUAUCUGUUACUAUCAUUGAAGAAUUAAAAUUCUGCCAAUGGAAUCAUCACGAAACAUGUGUAGAGUUUGUUUGAGAGUGGAAAAUUCAGUACCCCUUUUGAAUUGGCAUCUUCCAGUAGAAGAUAUAAACGAAAGUUUGUCAUAUGCAGACUGUUUUCAGCAAUGCACUCAGCUUAAUUUAGUUUUAAAAGGAGGAGAUGAGGAUAAUGAUAAGUCAAUAAGAAUAUAUGAGCAUUUCUGUUAUAGCUGUGCUGCAAAACUCAAAGAAGCUUAUGUGUUUAUUAGAAAGGCUAGAGAGACGGACACUACACUGCGUAUGAAUUACUGGACGUUUUUUUCGGAAAAUGAUAAGAAGUAUUUUGAAUGGGUUGGGGUUGGGAAGGAAUCUACACCAAUUGAUAUCAAAGAAAGAGAAAUUGAUGAGGAACCAUUAACUCUGGUAAGCAACGCUUUCCUCGAUGAAAAUUCAAACUCAAAGGAGUGUUUAUUAAAAGUUACUAAAGGAAACUCGUGUGCUUCUGAAAUAUUAAAUUCGGCCAAGCCAAUUGCGUCAAACACAUCUGAAAGAUCUCCUCGCGCCAGCCAGCAUAAAACUAGAAAAAAAGCGGUAGAAGUUGAAAAAAAUGAUGAAGUCGACAUUUGCAAAACCUGCGGGAAGUUAAUAUCGAAAAGGCAGCUUUCAAGUCAUUCUUGCAACCGAAGUAUAGAAUCGUUUCUCUGCAAGUCGUGUCCUCGUACGUUCAGACAUCGCAGCACUUUAACGCAACAUGAACUCAUUCAUGAAAAUAACAGAGAACGAAAAUUUGCUUGUGGAGUAUGUGGACGGAAAUUUUAUACACAAAUGGCACGAAGAAAUCAUUUGAAAACACACGACCCCAGUCGAAAACCUCGAUUCCACUGCAAUGACUGUGGUCAAUCAUUUUUAUUUAAGGGCAAUCUUCUUGUACACCAACAAAAACAUGCUGGUCAAACGAUUCAAUGCAAGUAUUGUCAAAAGCGUUACGUUCGCUCCGUGGAUCUCGAAGUGCACCUACGAAGCCACACUGGUGACACCCCAUUUAAAUGUGAUAAGUGCGAAAAGGCUUUCACUAAAAGAUCUACACUGCGAAAGCAUUUACAAUUGCAUGAAGGCAUUCAAUGGAAGUGUGAGGAUUGUGGGAAGGAAUAUUUAUAUGAAUGGACUCUACAAAGACAUCGUUUAGAACACACAGGUUUACCCUUACGAUGUUCAAUUUGCGGAAAAGAAUUUCCUGAAAUGUACAAGAUUCGUCGACAUAUCAAGUGUGUUCACAAGGUUGACUUAUCCGAAAUUGAAAGUUUCGUUGUGAGGCUUAAGGAAAGUAGGAAACGUGGAAAUAUAUCACAUAAUUUUUCUGAGACAGAGGAGGAAGCAACUAUAAAUUUUCCAUUUGUUUAUAAAUUUGUGGGAAGCAUGUCAAUAAUAAAUACCUGUCGAGCCUGCUUAUUACAAAAGGAUACCAAAGAGCUUUGCGAUUGGUAUAUGUCGGUGGACGAUAUUAGUGAACCAUUAACUCUUUCGGAGUGCUUUCAAAUAUGUACGCAAAUCGAUGUGAAAAAGACAAGCUAUAUGUCAUCUCGCAUAACGAAUAUGCACUACUUGUGCCAGGACUGUUACCAUGAUCUAAUAGAUGCAUUCAGAUUUAUAAGGAAAGCACAAAAAUCUGAUCAAGAAUUAUGUAUUCUCUCACAAAAAAAUUUUGCUAGUUCCGAGAGUCAGUUAGCAGAAUUUGAGUUGGUAAAUAUGCAAGUGUGUGGCUCCUCUAGGCACAGCGUUGGUUCCGUCGAAGGGAUAUCAUAUCAAGAGAAUUUAGAUGUGGAGGAUAUAAUUGAGAAACAAAGAGGAUUUCGUAAUUCAAAAAACUUGAACAAUUCAUCAGAAACUCAGCAGUCUACAUUAAGUUCAGAAGAAGAUGGAAACAGCGACAUCUCGGAAUCGGAAAAUGAUUUAUUUUCAAAAAUUGAAACUACAACAGAAACUUCUACCUUCAAUGACGCUGUCAGAUUGAAAAGGCACGAGUAUACCAAUGAAGAGAAUAGAGAGAGGACCAUAAGUUGCGAACAGUGCCAACGAAAAUUUUUUACACAACGUGCAUACCAAAACCAUUCUAAAACUCAUGAAAAAAAUCGAGAACCCAAAUUCAAAUGUGACGAGUGUGGGAAAUGUUUCUUCUACAACGGUAGUUUGAAGCUUCAUAAACAAACACAUAUUGGCCUUCCGUUCGAAUGCACCGUUUGUUCUAAGCAGUACGCAAGAUCCGUCGAUCUUCAAAUUCACCUAAGGAGUCAUUCUGGUGAACUACCGUACAAAUGCCCGAAAUGUAACAAAGGCUUUAGGUAUGUUCACGUUCUAAAUAAGCACGUGCGACACCAUGAAGGUCAUCGGUAUAAAUGUAACUUGUGUGGAAAAGAGUACGCUCAUCAAUCAACAAUGCUGCAACAUCGUAAAGAGCAUACAGGCUUACCACUCCGAUGUUCUAUAUGUGACAAGGGCUUUGUAAAAAAGUCGAAAAUGCGUCGCCAUAUUAGUGGAGUGCACAAAGUGGGAGAUAUUGAGGAAAUUGAUCAACUUAUUCUGAAAGUAAAAACAAAAAAUAUUUACCGAGGGCGUGUUAUGGAGAUGUAAUCACAAACGUCUCUUACUUCCAAGAUGCAGUAUUCUAUAUUUGGGGAACCGUUAUUAUUAGCUGCAUAUGGAUCUUCGUCCUUCUUUUUAUCA